CUGUACUGCACACACACAGUGUUUUGUGUAUGUGAGUGUGUUGUAAGUAGCUGUAGUUACUUUCGUGCAAGAGUGAAGUUCAUUUCAUCUGUCACAAAAACAUGAGGAUGGCUCUAGCAAAAAGCAGAGUUUUUGUCGUUGGGGUGGGAAUGACAAAGUUUGAAAAACCAGGUGUGAGAGACAUUGAUUAUCCAGACAUGGCCAAGGAAGCAGGACAAAGAGCUUUGGCUGAUGCAGGAAUAAAAUACUCAGCCAUCCAGCAGGCAUGUGUAGGCUAUGUAUAUGGUGAUUCGACAUGUGGUCAAAGAGCGAUUUAUCACAGUCUGGGUCUGUCAGGGAUCCCAAUUAUCAAUGUGAACAAUAACUGUUCAACCGGCUCCACAGCUCUGUUCAUGGCCCGUCAGCUGAUUCAGGGAGGCCUUGCUGAUUGUGUUCUUGCCCUGGGCUUUGAGAAGAUGGAAAGAGGUUCGUUGUCAUCAAAGUACAUGGACAGAACCAACCCUAUGGACAAACACAUGGAGGUGAUGAUUAACCGUUAUGGACUAGCGGCAGCUCCAGCAGCACCUCAGAUGUUCGGCAAUGCUGGUAGAGAACACAUGGAGAAGUAUGGCACAAAACCAGAACAUUUUGCUAAAAUUGCUUGGAAGAACCACAAACAUUCCAUCAAUAAUCCAUAUUCACAGUUUCGGGAUGAAUAUUCCCUGGACCAGGUCAUGAACUCCAGGAAGGUGUUUGAGUUCCUAACGCUCUUACAGUGUUGCCCUACAUCAGACGGGGCAGGAGCUGCAGUUCUGGCCAGUGAAGAGUUCGUGAGGAGGAAUGCACUGGAGGAUAAGGCGGUGGAGAUCAUAGCUCAGGAGAUGGUCACGGAUCUCAGCACCACUUUUGAAGAAAACAGCUGUGUGAAAAUGGUUGGUUAUGACAUGACCCAUCUUGCUGCUAAGAAGUGCUUUGACACAGCUGGUCUGAGGCCGUCUGAUGUGGAUGUCAUAGAGCUGCAUGACUGCUUCUCUGCCAAUGAGCUCAUCACCUAUGAAGCUCUAGGACUGUGUCCUGAGGGUAAAGCUGGUGAGCUGAUUGAUCGGGGUGAUAAUACAUAUGGUGGUAAAUGGGUGAUAAACCCCAGUGGAGGACUCAUUUCAAAAGGACACCCGCUUGGAGCCACAGGUCUGGCUCAGUGUGCAGAGCUGUGCUGGCAGCUGAGAGGGGAGGCGGAGCUUCGGCAGGUCCCCGGGGCAAAGGUCGCCCUGCAACACAACAUUGGACUCGGUGGAGCAGUGGUGGUCACUCUUUACAGGAUGGGGUUCCCUCAGGAAACAAGUUCUCGCAUUGCUGCCGUCCCCACCAGUGCGUCCAGCGAACACGUGGACUUCAAAGCUCACACCGUCUUCAAUGAGAUUGAGAAGAAACUGAAAGAGGAAGGCGAGGACUUAGUAAAAAAAAUUGGAGGUGUUUUUGCCUUCAAAGUGAAGGAUGGUCCAGGUGGAAAAGAGGCAUUGUGGGUAGUGGAUGUGAAAAAUGGCAAAGGCUCUGUGACCAAUGAUGCAGGUAAAAAGGCAGACUGCACCAUUGCUAUGGGUGACUCGGAUCUUCUGGCCAUGAUGACAGGGCGGAUGAAUCCACAAACAGCAUUUUUCCAAGGAAAACUGAAAAUAACUGGGAAUAUGGGAAUGGCCAUGAAACUUCAGAACUUACAGCUGACUCCAGGCAAAGCCAAACUGUGACAACACUGCAAAUGUGUACUGGGUCAUUGCACAAAGCAUUCGCAUAAUCCAGUUUAUUUAAUGGACUUGAUAUAGUUUACAUCAGUGAUGUUAACAGUAUGGGAAGUCCAAGCAAACCAUGUCAAAUGUACUGAAAUAACAAUAUUGAUGUGAAUCAAUUUAUCUGUUGAGGCAGCCUCAAAACCUAAACCACAUAGGGGCGGUUUCCAGAACAGGGUUUAGAUUAAUCCAGGACUAGGCCUUAGUUAUAUUAGGACAUUAUUCAAGUUUUUACAAAGAAACCUGACAAAAAUGAUACUGGUGUGCAUCUUGAGACAAAACAAUGGCACUGAUACAUGUUAAAAUAUGUCAGUACAAUAUGUUUUGAAAUUAAAGUAGCUCAAACAUGCAUUUUAGUAUGGGACUAGGAUAAGCCCUGUCCAGGAAACCGCUCCAUAGAGUAUUAACAAUAAAGUACAAGUAAAUCACAGUAAAAAUGACAGUAAAUUUGAGUGGCGUUUCUCAGAUUGAAGUUAUGUAACUAAUUGUUUACUGUACAGAUAAAUCUGACACGUGGAGCUUCAUAAUGUGCCACUAACUAACCAGUUAUAAUUCAAAUUUAUACCAUUUUAAAACUAAUAUGACUUUUAUUAAAAUAAUGAGCCAAGCAGAGAUUAACACAGUGCUUGCUUGAUAUGUGAUGGUGAAUUUAAGCACAUGUUUAAAAUCCUGCUUUAAAUACACACAUAGUAAAUAAGCUGAGUUUGUUUAGUGAUCUUUACUUUCGUAACUUUGGGGGUUGGGAAUAUUGUCACUUUUAACAAACUGUAUAAUUGUAUAUUAAUCAAGUUU